CAAACAGCAGAACCAGCAGAACAAACAGCAGAACAAACAGCAGAACCAGCAGAACAUGAUGGAGCUGAGUGUGGACGAGUGCUGGCGCCGCGGCGACUCUUCUUCUCUGGUGGCUCUGAUGUACAGGGAGGGCCUGUCGGCCUCGCUGGUGACCAGACUGCACCGGCACGUUACCAAGGAGUUGCACCGGGCCGGCUUCAGCGGCGUCGGCGUGCUGAUGAAGGCGCUGGGAAUCGUGUCGGAGCGAGACGACGACCUGCAGCUGCUGCUGACACACGGACUGGGAACCAAGGUGCUACUGUGGUUUGAAACGCUACGUGGCCUCCUGACCUCUGACCUCCACAGAGACUCCGCCCCCCUGCUGAGCCUGAUGGAGCAGUUCUAUGACUAUUUCCUGCUGCUGGCUCCAGCCUCUCUCCAAGCACCUGUCUCUCUGCUCUUGGUGUUAUUGGUCCAGUUGGCUCGGUUGGUUCUGGAACCAGGAAUCAUAUUUAGACUUAGACUGGAGGCCAUCCGGACGUACAACAGCAUCCUGGAGUCUCUGAGCAGAGAGCAGAGGAGACAAAUUCAGACGGACACAAACCAGUGUAACAUACUAGAUCAGAUGGCUGCAGCUGUCCUGAUUGUGGGAGACUACGAGCUGCAGGUUAGCCUAUCAGAGGCCUUGUGUCGUCUGACACCCAGGAAGGACAGAGAGCAGAGAGCCAAUCAGUGGUUUUGUAGCCGUGACAUCAGCGGCGCCUUCUGCAACAUCAGAGAUGGAGACUUUGAGGUGGACUGUCGACGCUUCCUAAACUCGGUCAACUGUUACCGUGGAAACGAGAGGAGGGUUUACACGUUUCCUUGCCUCAGAGUGUUUCUGGGCUCCACGGAGCUGCUCCGCCCUCAGGAUGACAAGCUGGACGAGUUCUGGAUCGACUUCAACCUCGAAUCCCAGCGAGUCAGUUUCUUCAUCGACGAGCCGGAGGGUUACCUCUGGGGGGCCAUCCACCUGCUGAAACAGGAAGUAAAUCAUUACAGCCUCCACUGUAAAAAAAACGAAUCCAGUGAAGACGAGACAAUCCUGACCAUCCAUCUGAUCAAUCCCAUCAUGCACCACAACAGUGCAGCUCAGACGGUUGAAAUGUGGUUCAGUUGUGAGCAUCACAGUCAGCUGGAGGAAGCUGCUGGCCACGUCCUGAAGUCCAGACUGACGCUUCAGAACCGGCUGAGUGCAGCAACAGAGGAACAGGCCUGGUUGCCAGGGAAACCAGUCGCCAUAGAAACCUCUGCAGAUGUCCAAACUGUCUCCAGUCCAGAGAUCCUGAUGUUUGAGAAGAAUCCUGAGACACCGGAGAGGACCCCUCAUGUUGUGGGGGGGCGGGGCCCUGUCCAGGCCGCCUCCCCCUUUGCAGUCAAAUCGAGCAGGAGAUGCUACAUCAGCAAGAAGCCCAAAGCCCAGAGCCACCUGAGGAUUCUGCCUCUAUCAUCCCCUAGCAGUGGAGAGGACUGUCCUAUUACCAAGACUCCAGGCAGAAGCACAGCAGAGUUUCUGUUUGACCAGAUCAGAUCUUCCACCCCUGAACCCAGAUCAGAUCCUGCAGACAUGGAUUCAGGUGUACAGGUGGCGCUAGAGAGCUCACAGGAACAGGAAGGGGAAAUUGAACAGGAAGUUGAAUGUGGAGAGCCGGCAGUCUUCAGCGUUGGGAGGAAGAGAGCAGCUCCAAACACAGGAGCUGCUGAGCAGCAGCUGGCCCAGAGGAGGAGGGCGGAGUCUAAACCAGAAGGGGAGGGGCCUCAUUUGGCAUUGAAAGAGUUGCCAGCUGAGGGGACAGAGUCAGAGGAGGAGUUGAGAUCAGGCAUCAUGGCUGCCUUCAAAACCUUUAAAACCCAACUGCAAGAACACUUCACUGGUAGUUGGAAGAAGGUUGAAGCUGAGGUUGUUCAGUCCCUGAGCGAACAUCCACAACACUUCUCCUCCCUCCUCAGAGCUGUCCAUCACCACAGGUUGCUCCUGCUGCAGAGGUUUGAGAAGAAGGUUGCCAAUCAGAUUAAUCAGCUGGUGGAAAACUUAAUGAGCCUGAAUUCUAUUGAGACAGAAGUACUGUCCAAAGUUCAGUCUUUCAGGACCUUCUGUGAUAAACAGCUGCUCAGGUUGAAAUCAUUGGAAGAUGAAGACAUGAAGGAUGAGGAAGAGGAGGAGCUGCCAUCCACAUUAUAAAGGCAGAGGAAUGAUUAAGGGCACAUGUUAAAAAUAUUUCUUUUCAUUUCAAAAUCUGUACAUUUUCUGUCAGCCUUGUAGUUUUCGUUACAUGUAAAAUAAACACUGAUGUCACAGCA